AUGUCCCCACCAAACCAGUCGGCAGAAGGCCUGCCCCAGGAGGCUGCCAACAGAUCUCUGAACGCUACGGGGACCCCAGAGGCCUGGGACCCGGGGACCCUCCAGGCAUUGAAGAUCUCCCUGGCUGUGGUCCUUUCCAUCAUCACAGUGGCCACGGUCCUCUCCAACACCUUUGUCCUCACCACCAUCUUGCUCACCAGGAAGCUCCACACCCCCGCCAACUAUCUCAUUGGCUCCCUGGCCACCACCGACCUCCUGGUUUCCAUCUUGGUCAUGCCCAUCAGCAUCGCCUAUACCAUCACGCACACCUGGAACUUUGGCCAAGUCCUGUGUGACAUCUGGGUGUCUUCUGACAUCACGUGCUGCACAGCCUCCAUCCUGCAUCUCUGUGUCAUUGCCCUGGACAGGUACUGGGCCAUCACCGAUGCCCUAGAGUACAGUAAGCGCCGGACAGCAGGCCACGCAGCCGCCAUGAUCGCCGUGGUCUGGGCCAUCUCCAUUUGCAUCUCCAUCCCACCGCUCUUCUGGCGGCAAGCCAAAGCCCACGAGGAGGUGUCGGACUGCCUGGUGAACACCUCCCAGAUCUCCUACACCAUCUACUCCACCUGUGGGGCCUUCUACAUCCCGUCCGUGCUGCUCAUCGUCCUGUAUGGCCGCAUCUACAUGGCCGCCCGGAACCGCAUCCUGAAUCCGCCCUCCCUCUACGGGAAGCGCUUCACCACGGCCCACCUCAUCACGGGCUCUGCGGGCUCCUCGCUCUGCUCCCUCAGCCCCAGCCUCGGCGAGGGCCACUCGCACUCAGCCGGCUCCCCGCUCUUUUUCAACCCCGUGAGGAUCAAGCUCGCGGACAGCGUCCUGGAACGCAAGCGGAUUUCCGCAGCUCGAGAGAGGAAAGCCACUAAGACACUGGGCAUCAUUCUGGGGGCCUUCAUCGGGUGCUGGCUGCCCUUCUUCGUGGUGUCUCUGGUCCUGCCCAUCUGCCGGGACUCCUGCUGGAUGCCCCCGGGCCUCUUUGACUUCUUCACCUGGCUGGGCUACUUAAACUCCCUCAUCAAUCCCAUCAUCUACACUGUGUUUAAUGAGGAUUUUCGGCAAGCAUUUCAGAGAGUGAUCCAUUUCCGGAAAGCCUUCUAG